AUGACGGUCUCCUACACCCUGGAAGUGGCCAAUGCUAAGUUUGGAGGGUUUUCCAAGCUGCUCUUCAGGUGGAGGGGAAGCAUCUACAAGCUGCUGUAUAAAGAGUCCCUGGUGUUCUGUCUGAUGUACAGCUUCUUCAGUGUUUUCUACAGAUUCUUCCUCACUGAGAAACAACAGCUGUUGUUUGAAAAUGUAGCCCUCUACUGUGACCAGUUUACCAACUAUAUCCCAAUGUCCUUUGUGCUUGGUUUCUAUGUGACCCUGGCGUUCAACCGUUGGUGGGGUCAGUACACCAGCUUCCCCCUGCCUGAUAACCUGAUGAUGGUGGUGUCGGGGAACGUCCACGGGGUCGACGAGAGGGGCCGGCUGCUCCGACGCACACUCAUGAGAUAUGCUAACCUCUCCUCUGUCCUCAUCCUGCGAUCCAUCAGCACCAGAGUACGCAGACGCUUCCCAACCCUGGAGCAGGUGGUAGAUGCAGGAUUUAUGACACCGCUGGAGCAUCAACAGCUGGAUGGUCUGAACUCUGACUUCAACAAGUACUGGAUGCCUCUGACGUGGUUCACUAACCUGGCAUCACAGGCCAGGCAGGAGGGUCGGGUCAGAGACGACGUCGCUCUACGACUGCUCAUGGACGAGCUGAAUAACUACAGAGGCAAGUGCAGCCUGCUGUUUCACUAUGACUGGAUCAGCAUUCCUCUGGUCUACACUCAGGUAGUGACCCUGGCUGUAUACUCGUUCUUCGGCUUCUGUCUGAUUGGUCGACAGUUCCUGAACCCUGAGAAGGGGUAUAAAGGUCACCAGCUGGACUUGUACGUCCCCGUCUUCACCCUGCUUCAGUUCUUCUUCUAUGCAGGCUGGCUCAAGGUGGGGGAACUGAUCAUCAAUCCCUUCGGAGAGGACGAUGACGACUUUGAAACCAACCAACUAAUCGACCGGAAUAUUCAGGUGUCCAUGCUGGCUGUAGAUGACAUGUACCAGAACCUGCCCCCAACAGAGAAGGACAAGUUCUGGGUAGAAAGAUACUUAUCUGUCCCCUACUCUACUGCUGCUGAGACCCUCAGACCUACCUUCAUGGGCUCAACAUAUGACAUAAGCUUUGAAUCUGGUCCGGCCGUCUCCAUGCCCUUCGUCUAUAAGGAUGAGUGCGGUGAUGUGGACAGGAAGGUGAAGGAUGUGUCUUUAGUGAGAGACAGACAGCUGAAGGCGUCUCAUCUGCAGACAGAACGAGGGGAGGGGCAGUUCAAGGUGGCUGUGGAACUCAUCCAAGCCAAUGACAAUGAGCAGAGCUCUUGUUGAAAGAUCUGGGCAACUUGUUUAUGGGUUUAUUUUUUGGGAUAAUUCCUGCAUUUUCCAU